GCCGCGCCGCGCCGCGUGCGAAUCUCCGGCGAGGAUCGAGGGCGCCUCUGGUCCCGUCUGGUGGUCGGUCAGCCAUGUCGCUCCGCGUGCUGAACCCGAACGCGGAGGUGCUCAACAAGUCGGCGGCGCUGCACAUGAACAUCAACGCCGCCAAGGGCCUCCAGGACGUGCUCAAGACCAACCUUGGCCCCAAGGGCACCAUCAAGAUGCUUGUGGGUGGAGCUGGCGACAUCAAGCUGACCAAGGAUGGGAACACUCUCUUGAAGGAAAUGCAAAUCCAGAACCCAACAGCUAUCAUGAUCGCAAGGACCGCGGUUGCACAGGACGAUACCAGCGGUGAUGGCACAACCUCCACUGUGCUUUUUAUUGGGGAGCUUAUGAAGCAAUCUGAGCGGUGCAUUGAUGAAGGCACUCAUCCACGUUUUUUGGUUGAUGGUUUUGAUGUUGCCAAGAGAGCAACUCUUGAAUUUCUCGAGAAGUUCAAGACAUCAGUUGUCAUGGGCGAUGAACCUGACAGAGAGAUCUUGAAAAUGAUAGCAAGAACUACUCUAAGGACAAAGCUGUACGAAGGAUUGGCUGAUCAGUUGACUGAUAUUGUUGUGAAUGCGGUUCUAUGCAUCCGCAAACCUGAUGAACCAAUCGAUCUUUUUAUGGUUGAGAUAAUGCACAUGCGCCACAAAUUUGAUGUUGACACACGUCUGGUUGAGGGUCUGGUCUUGGACCAUGGUUCUCGGCACCCUGAUAUGAAACGCAGGGCAGAGAACUGUUAUAUCUUGACCUGCAAUGUCUCACUGGAAUAUGAGAAAAGUGAAAUAAAUGCAGGAUUUUUCUACUCGAAUGCAGAACAAAGAGAAAAGAUGGUUGCUGCAGAAAGGCGCCAAGUUGAUGAGCGUGUGAAGAGGAUUAUUGAAUUGAAAAAUAAGGUUUGUGCUGGAAAUGAUAAAAAUUUUGUGGUGAUCAAUCAGAAGGGUAUUGACCCUCCAUCCCUCGAUCUCCUAGCUAGAGCAGGGAUUAUUGGUCUCCGAAGAGCAAAGAGGAGAAACAUGGAGAGGCUUGUGUUAGCAUGUGGGGGUGAAGCUGUUGAUUCAGUUGAUGAUUUGACUGAAGAUUGUCUUGGCUGGGCUGGGCUUGUCUAUGAGCAUACUCUUGGUGAAGAAAAGUACACCUUUAUUGAGAAUGUGAAAAAUCCUCGCUCUUGCACUAUACUGAUUAAAGGGCCUAAUGAUCACACCAUUGCGCAAAUUAAGGAUGCUGUUCGCGAUGGUCUAAGAUCUGUUAAGAAUACGGUUGAGGAUGAAGCAGUUGUGCUGGGAGCAGGAGCAUUUGAGGUUGCUGCGAAGAAGCAUCUUAUUGACAACGUGAAGAAAACUGUCAAAGGACGAGCACAACUUGGGGUGGAGGCAUUUGCUGAUGCUCUUCUUGUCAUACCCAAAACACUAGCAGAAAAUUCAGGUCUAGAUACCCAAGAUGUUAUUGUCUCUCUCCAGAAUGAACAUGAUCGUGGAUUGGUGGUGGGAUUGAACCAUCACUCUGGCGAACCAAUUGAUCCCCAAAUGGAGGGCAUCUUCGACAAUUACUCCGUGAAACGCCAGAUCAUCAAUUCCGGACCCAUCAUCGCGUCACAGUUAUUGCUUGUGGAUGAAGUGAUCAGGGCUGGCCGCAACAUGAGGAAACCAACCUAAUACUUUCCCUACCUGCCGCUGAGUCCUCUGUUUUGUGGGAGAUAUUACGCAUUUUGUUUGGUUAUUUUGCCUUUCUAUCUUUAGUUUGUGCGUAGUAGUGAGGUGGGUGAAAUGUCCGGAGGUUCUGCUAGUUUGUUCCUCUUUGACUGUAACAGAUUUCACUUGUAAUCUUUGUCACACUGUCAUUUAUGCCGUCCUGAUGAUUUGGGAAUCAGUAUGUGCUUAUGCUUUCAUGUCAUUUGUUCUCACGUUGAACUAAGCGGAAUGCACCAAAUUUUGUUUGGUGA